GACUCAGAGGUCAGAGGUCAAACCUGAAACCGAUGCCGCUGCACAAAAUGGAGGCCGAGAGUGUCCCGUGGCCCCACCCCCCCCACUGGCCCCGCCCCCGCCGUCCCGUGUGGUUCUGGAGAAUGUGUCCGGCGACAUGACCUCUGACCUGCUGUGUAUGUUGGUGGAGACCAUGACGAGCGUGGACGAGACCGGAUACAGUCUGGAGGUGAUCUGGGAGACCAACCGGGCCGUGGUGGCCUUCAGGGGUCCGACAGAUGGAGAGAAGUUCAUGUCGGUGAGUAAGAGCAGCGACAAACUGUGGAAACGUGGAAUGAGUGCUCGACCGCUGGAGGCGGCGACCAGCGUCCGAGUGGAGACGAUUCCUGAAGCUGUGGUCAAAGACUUGCUGGAGUUGUACUUUGAGAAAAGCUGGACUUCACCGACCUCCAUUACCAUGAUCCCUGAGGAACAGGCCGCCGUCGUGGCCUUCGCGGACCCUGAAGUUGUGGACAGUAUUUGCGUCAAACAGGAUCAUCUGAUGGGUUCCAUUGCCGUCAAAGUUUACCCGUACUACGAUUCUCUGGGCUGCGCUCUCUACGGUAAACAACGCUCUGCCUUCAAGAUGCCCGAGUCCGUCACAGAGAACGUCCACCACGGUGUCUGGAAGUUCCUCCACAAGAAGAACCUGUCCGACAGCAUCAACAGUCAGAUGCGUCCAUUCUUCUGUGUGGUGGAUCUGACCAGUCCGGAGGCCAAGCUCAGUCCGCUGCCGACUUUUCUGAGGCAGAAAGACCUGGACGUCCAGACCGUGGAGGCGUGGAGCAGCUCGGUGCUGAACGCCUUCAGACGGACCAUGGGACACUACUGCGCCUUCGACUGUCGAGCCUCAGCACCUGCCUGGAAACUCGCAGAGAAAGAUGUUUGUUCGGUGGUGAACGACGAAGCUGAGCUGGUUCUGGAUGCUUCCAGAGGAGUUCUGACCAUCGCAGGUCCGGUCGACACCAUCAAACGGAUCAGAGCGCCGGUGGAGAACCUCGUCCUCAAAGCCAUGAACCACAUUGAUCGGCAGACGAAUGCCACAUCUGAGAUCAUGAACCUGGCUCCUGCCAUGUUCUACAUCCUGAACCAGGACGGGGUCCAGAAGGCAGCGGUGGGCAUCUCCCCAGACAUGAAGCUGUCCUACAAUGAAGCCAACCACAAACUGACCAUCACAGGACUCCCUGCAGAGGUGUACCAGAUGAAGGCCUGGAUCCUAGAGAAGAAUGUGGCCAUGAAGAGGAAACCUGUGAACAUUCCCCCGUCUCUCCUGGAGUUUCUGAAGACGGUGGAUCCGAUGGAGAUGUCCCAGGAUAUCUUCACAUCUCAAGGCAUCGGCGCCAUCUACAGCGUGGACCAGAAAGGCCUGUCCCUGUUGGGCAUUUCCAAUAGCACCCUCACCCAAGCAGAAAAGAAGAUGAAGUCAGUUUUGUGUGUGCAGAAUGUGGAUGUUCAAGAUCGGGGUGUUCUGAAGCUCCACACCUGGAAAGACUUAAACCAGAAGCUCCUGGACUCCUACAACUCUUUAAAGAAGAAGACUAUACUCAUACACACCCUCCCAGAGAGACCGAACCAGAUCAUGGUGGCAGGUUUCCUGAAUCCAGUAAAAGAGACCACUCGCAGUCUGAAGGAGUUCAUCCACAACUUCUCUCAAAUCCAGGAGGCAGUCCAAGUCGAGUCCUGUGCCGUGGUUCAGUUCAUCAAGAAGAAAAAGUCCAACAACUGCUCCGGCAUCGCCAAAGACCACGACGUGAGCCUUCAGUUUGACUCAGAGCGGCCCAGGAUCGUCAUUGCCGGUGCUCGUCUUUGCGUCCACAAAGCCAAGUCCUGUGUGACCGACCUGACCCGAGCUCUGUCCACUGACACGCUAAUGGUCCACAAACCAGGGGCCAAGAAGUACUUCAUGUCUCAAGGAAGCGUCUUCCUGUCCGCAGUGAUGAUGGAGCACAACUGCGCAGUGGUUCUUCAUCCAGAACUUCAGGAUGUUGAUGAGGAGGACGGGGGCAACGGGGACGGAGACACCUUGUGUUAUUGCAGAGUUCAGACUACCGGUGGUGUGCAGGUUUCCGUCAGCAAAGCCGACAUCUGUCACCUCGCCGUUGACGCCGUGGUGAAUGCAGCCAACGAGGAGCUGCAGCACAUCGGCGGAGUGGCCUUAGCGCUGCUGAACGCCGCAGGACCAGAGCUGCAGAGAGCCUCCAACCGAUACGUCAGCGAACACGGAAACCUGAGGCCUGGAGGUGCCAUGGUGAUGCCGUCGUACAACCUGCCCUGUAAACAUGUGGUCCACGCCGUCGGGCCGCGAUUCGACAGCUCGGACCAGAGCACCUCCGUGCGUCUUCUGAAACAGGCCGUCACCGAGAGUCUGAAGCAGGCGGAGAGCGUGGGCUGCGGUAGCAUCGCCCUGCCCGCCAUCAGCGCCGGCGUGUUCGGGUUUCCCGUCGAACUCUGCGCAAAUACCAUCGCUCAGGCCGUCCGGGAGUUCUGUGACGGACCGGCGGGAUCGCUGACUGAGAUCCAGCUGGUCGACAACAACGAUGGCACCGCCAGGGUCCUGUCCGCCGCCGUCAGCAGGAAGUUCAGUGACCUCUGGCCGACGAUAAUGGUCCCGCUUCUGAGGGGUGGUCCCAGGGCCGAAUCCCCAAGACCACAACGGGGUCGAGGUCGAGGUACACAUCAGACCCAGACCUGGUCUGGUGAAGUAGGACGAAGAAGAGGAGGAGGAUUUCAGGGACCAAACAGAGCCCAAAGUCCCAGAGGGGGCGGGUCCAGACCUGGAAGAGGACAAGGGGCGGGUCGGAGGGAGCAGAUGACCAAUGAAGGUCUGAAGAUCGUCCUCCUGACGGGGGACAUCCAGAACCAAACGACGGACGUGGUGGUCAACACCAUCUCUGAGACCCUGAACCUGAAUCAGGGGGCGGUCUCCAAAGCCCUGCUCCAAGCUGCCGGACCACACCUCCAAUCAGCCGUCCGUUCUGAAGCCGACGCCUCCACGCUGUCGUACGGAGAUGUGGUGGUGACCGACGCCUUCGACCUCCGCUGCCGCAAAGUCUUCCACACCAUCUGCCCCCCGUGGGACCAUGGUGGGGGGCGGGCCCAGCAGGUCUUGGCUUCCGUGGUCAGCUUUUGUCUGGAGGAGGCGGAGCAGCUCCACAUGACCUCGCUGUCCUUCCCCGCCCUCGGGACCGGAAACCUGGACUUCCCCAGAGACCUGGUUUCCAGAGUCCUGCUGGGCCAGAUCCAGGACUUCAGCCGCAGACGGAGACCUGUCCACCUGCAGGAGGUGUACGUGGUGGUCCACCCGUCGGACGGACGCUCGCUGGACUGUUUCAGCAGAGAGUUCAACGGUCACGGCGGAGAGUUCAAAGGUCACGGCGGUCAGAGGAGCGUCCGACCUGAAGCAGACACACCCAGCCGAGCAGCCGGCCAAUCAGAGCCGUCCUCAGCUUCCUUCAGUCAGGUGUCGUCUCCGUCUCUUGGCGUCUACCGGAUGCAGAUGGGUCACCUGACCCUCAAGGUUUCCUCUGGUGACAUCACCAAGGAGGCCAGUGAUGUCAUCGUCAACUCGUCCAAUGCGGACUUCACACUGAAGUCAGGAGUGUCCAAGGCCAUCCUGGAGUGCGCCGGACCUUCGGUGGAGUCGGAGUGUUCGCAGAUAGUGAAUUCUCAGGGGUUCCAGUCCAGACCCCUGAUCCUGACGUCAGCCGGACAUCUGCCCAGCAGGAACAUCGUCCACAUCGUUGGACAAAAUGAUCCGUCCAGAAUCAAAGAGCUGGUCUACGCGGUGCUGAAGGUCUGUGAGGAGAACCGGUUCCGGACGGUGUGCUUUCCUGCUCUGGGAACAGGUCAGGGCGGGGCUAAGCCCUCCGUGGUGGCGGACGCCAUGGUGGAGGCGGUGGUGGAGUUUGUCCGGAAGAAGCAGCCCAGGUCGGUCCAGAACGUGAAGAUCUUGAUCUUCCAGAAGAACAUGAUGUCCGAGUUCCACCGAAGCAUGAAGAAGAGGGAGGGCCAGGAGGUCCAGGAGAAAGGACUACUGUCCAGGUUCAAAGACACAGUUGCUUCAGUCACAUCGCUCAUUUUUGGCCAUGACGAGGAGCGUCCAAUCACUGGCGAACUGGUCCUGGAGGGGGAGGAGUUUGAGCCCACAGUGUUCCAACUUUGUGCGGAUGACGCUAAGACCAUCAGUGUGGUGAAGCAGAAGAUUCAGGACCUGAUCAUGGAGGAACAGGCCCAGAGGACCAUCAGGGACUCGUUCAUCGAUCAGCUGACACAGGAGGACCUGGACCAGCUGAAGGAGCUGCAGAGGAAACUGACGGUCCGCAUCCGUCUGGACCCGGGUCAGGAGGACCAGGAGCCCACCAUCACCGUGGAGGGUCUGACUAGAGAUGUGCUGACCGCCGAGUCUGUGGUCAGGGACGUCAUCCGGAAGGUGGAGCGGAUGGAGAACCAGCACAGGAACGCCUUCCUGCUCAGCGGUCUGGUGGAGUGGCAGGUCUGCGACUCCAACGGGGACCUGGUGUCCCUGGACAUGAUGACCAACCUGACCCUGGAGGAGGCUCUGGGAAAGAAGACCACCAGCAUCAAGAUCACCAUCAACAACCAGACCUUCAACGCCAACGUGAUGACCAAGACGGCAAUGGCAACCAACGGACGGCGGCAGGUGGAGCUACUGAGGAAAGACCUGAAAGGUGACUCCGCCGCUCUGCCGUUGCACUGGGAGGACAUGAAGGGAGACCGGGUCAAACUGGUUCCACUCAAACCCACGUCCACGGAACACCAGGAGGUGGAGAAGGAGCUGAGCAGGACCGGCCUGAAUGUCAACAUCAUUUCUGUGGAGCGCGUGCAGAACCGCACCCUGUGGCAGAGUUACCAACUGAAGAAGCAGCAGCUGGACUCCAAGAACCAACACACCAACAACGAGAAGCUGCUUUUCCACGGAACCGGCGCCGAUUCCAUCGAGCAAAUCAACGAGCAUGGCUUCAACCGCAGCUACGCCGGCACCCACGCUGCGAUGUUCGGGAAAGGCUCCUACUUUGCCAUUGAUCCCGCCUACUCCGCUCGAGGCUACGCCCCGCCGGACGCCAAGGGACAUAAAAGGAUGUACCUGGCCCGGGUCCUGGUCGGAGACUACGCUCAAGGACGAGGUGGGAUGAUCACACCCCCCGCCAAAACCACCGGCAGCUCCGCCCACCUGUACGACAGCGUCACCGACAACAUGAGCAACCCCAGCAUGUUCGUGAUCUUCAACGACAUCCAGGCCUACCCCCAACACCUGAUCACCUUCCACUGAAGACCACCAGGACCACCCAGGCCUACCCCCAACACCUGAUCACCUUCCACUGAAGACCACCAGGACCACCCAGGCCUACCCCCAACACCUGAUCACCUUCCACUGAAGACCACCAGGACCACCCAGGCCU